GCCUUUCAUGGCUGACGUUUCAUGUUUUGUCCAUUAACACAUCUCCUCUAAUAUUUCUUUUGUUUUGUUUUUGUUUACAUCGUAGUUCAAGUAAUGCGAUCCUUGCAUUCGCUAGCACUCUAGAGCUUAAACGUUUGAAGAGCAGCUAGGAUUAAGUUUUUUUAUUUUUGUUUUCCCAAUCCCUAGUGCAGAAUCAUGGCUGCACAAUGGCAGCUCCAUCACCUCUUGCAAUGGCUCCAUCAAUUCAAUUUGGAUUCACCACAGCCUAAUGCUGCCAGUUUGAGUGAUGGUGUCACUGUAGCAAAAGUGCUGAAUUUAAUUGACCCCCCAUGGUUUAAUGUUACCUGGCUUUCAAAAAUAAAGGAAAAUGUAGCUUCCAACAAAAUAUUGAAGGUUAGCAACUGGAAGAAAGUAUUGGAACGACUUGUUGACUAUUACGAGGUCCAUUUGGGGCAACGUUUAUCCGGCUUCACCAUGCCAGACGUCAGCAAGAUAGGCGAAAGCGAGGAUGAAACGGAACUGUGCAGACUUUUACAGCUAGUGUUGGGCUGCGCUGUUCAUUGUGAACGGCAGGAAGAAUUCAUCCAGGCUAUUCUACAGAUGGAAGAAGACGUCCAGCGUGGAAUCAUGGCUGCUAUUCAGGGAUUACCUGGUAUCGAUGAGCUGGCCGGCGGUUCGUUAGUUCCCAACGCUGAUUCAUUGGCCGUUAUGGCCGGACGCAGCCCCAGUCAAACAACAGGCAUGGGGUUCCAAAAUUUGAUGGCACAACUUGAAGCAGCCAAUGAAGAAAGGAAACUAUUGGCCAAAGAACGUCAAAAGCUCAACUUACAGAUAUCAACUUUGCAAGACGAGAUUCAGCAUUUGCAGGCUGAAGUCGAAUCGCUGCGAUCAGGUGGUGUACCGUUAGAGAGCCUGGAUAGGUCCGACGGAAGUAAUCCGUCGGCACUCAUGCAGAAACGUGAGAUUGUACGCCUUACCGAGGAACUCUUGAGAUCUGAUUCUGCUCGGGAAGAAGUCCGCCUACGUUGCGAGGCCCUUGAGCAAGAAUUGGCGAGAUUGCGUAUGCGACAAGAUGACCUGCAAAGCGCCGCCGAACAAACUCGAAGCCUUAAAGAUGAAGUGGACAUCCUUCGCGAGCGGUCGGCUAGACUGGAAAAUGCCCAGUCGACUAUUGACAGCAUGCGCCGCAAAGUGGAAGAAGGGAACGAACUGAAGCGUCAGUUACGCAAGCUGGAAGAGAAGAAUAGCCAAUACAUCCAACAAAACAUGGAAUUGGAAGAGGAAUUGAAAAAGCUGGGACCGUGGAAGUCGCAACUGGAAUUGCAGAAGAAGCAGAUCGCCGAAGUUCAGGCUGCGCUGGACGACGAACGUCGGCGCGCAGACAAGUUUGAACUGCAAUUCAAAAACGUGGUUGAGCGCAAUGAAGCUCUAACGCUGGAAAAAGAGCGUUUGGUCACUGAACGCGACAAGCUUAUCGAAUUGAACGAAGAAUUUAAGUUUGCACAACUCAACAAUGGCGCCAUGAUGCCCCAAGAAGGUUCACCUUCAACAACUGGGGUCGACACGCUCGACAUGAUCCCGCCCGAAAUUAGAGAGAAGCUGUUGAGAUUGCAACACGAAAACCGUUUGUUGAAGGAGAAAAAGGACGGCGGCCAGGACGAAGCGGAGGUUUUGCAGACGGUCAACGCGGGUCUGCUGGAGCGCAUCGGUCGCCUAGAAGCCGAGAACAGGAAAUCGACCAAGCGCGUGCUGGAACUAGAGAUCCAAUUGGAGAACAAUCGAGUCGCAUCGCCCGUGUCCAGCAGCGGUGCCGAAAGCCAAUCUGAUACGAAGGACGUUGCUGCUUUGAAGAUACGAAUCAAAAGUCUGGAGAGGGAGGUGCAACAGAAGAAACUCGAAGUCGAAAAGAUGGAACACAGGCUGACUGAACAAAUGGAACGUACAAAAGGAGCACAAGAAACGUUGAACCGCAAAGAAAAUGAAAUGCAAGCGAUGGAAGAACGUUACAAAAGAUACAUUGAAAAGGCCAAAAUGGUGUUGAAGACCCUGGAUCCGAAAAACAAUCCUUCGGCCGCUUCACCCGAGAUGGCCGCCUUACAAGCCCAAUUGAGAGAAAAAGAUCGAUUGAUUGAACGGCUGGAAAUAGAGACUGAAAGACACAAAGCUUUACGCGAAACUGAGGACCAACUCGUCACAACAGCCUUUUACAAUUUGGGAAUGCAACUUCAACGUCAAGCCAUGGAACAACGGUUGGGUUCGAGCAAUGCCGUCCAAAACCAAGCGAUGGCUCCAGUGCCGGCCCCGUCUACAGCUGGCCAGGGUUUUCUAACACGCAGUAGACAAGCUGCCGUCCGUGGAAGAACUUCGAGCAUUAAUCAGCACGGAGAAACCUUCAACUAGAUCACUUAACUCUUUUCGCCUUAGGGAUUACUCGAUGGGACAUUUGUCUUUCCUUGUGAUCACCCAUUGAUUUGUGUAAUUUAAAAUCAAUCCCCCUCCCCCCAGACUAGCAUCUUAAUUGGGUCCGCAAAAUCGGGAUUUGAACCGUUCCAUCACCAGUUAAACAAGAAGUUACUAAGAAGUUACUAAUACACUUUUUUUUUUUUUGUUGAAAAAAGCUUUUCAGAUUUGUCUUUGAUUUGAUGACUUGAAAUUCCGGAAUGAGGACUUACGUGUCCUUCAUGGCGUGUCCCAGUACAAGCAUUUCCCCUCGUGGCAAGCUAA